AUGGGCGGCAUGUCGACGCGGGAUGAUUUGAAUGCCGUAAGUGUGGGAGCCGCGGCUUUGCUGGGUGGUAACGUAGCGAUGCGGCCUGCGUGGGCGGCAGCGCUGCUGCUGCCGCCGCCGCCGCAGCUCCACGCCCACCCACGUAAGCGCGCUCCAGCGGCGCCGACGCGACUCCCGGCAGGCAGCCCUGCGCCACGGACCGCCCUCGCCGCCCGCGGGGCAGGGGAGAGUGGGGGUGGGGGCACGCUUCGCAGCAAAGCGGAAGUGGUAAACAGAGCAGUGGGAAAUAUCUGUGGAAUCACGUGUUAAUGAGUGGACGAGUUGAGUCCCGCCCUCAAAAUAUCCUGUGGGCUAGUGCCGCUUUCUCCGAACAUGCUCAUGAUGCGUAUUGGAAAAGGGAGACCAGAUAAGUCCGGAGGGGUUCUUGAAAAGUUUUAUGCUUUUGAAGGAUUUAUAAUUAUUUUGGGCAAUAUCUAUAAUAUGUAAAUAUAUAUCAAAACUUUUCUUAAAUUAGAAAAUAUGAAUAAAGUUCAUACAAUUUUAGAAACUAUCCAAUAUAAACAAUUACAAUACUAUGAACAUGUUAAAAGAAUGAAAGAAAAUAGAAUUACAAAAAUUAUUUUAGAGUGGACUCCUG